AUGGCGUAUUACGAGGCGUCCUUCAAUUCUCUUUUCCGACGGUGUGUUGAGUGCAAUGGGGACACUCCAGCAUGUCCAACUUGUGCCGACACUGAGAUUUGUUCGCUUGUUCCACCAACUUGUACUGAAUGCCAGCAGACAGUUUGUGUGGCUUCCUCUGCUGCACCUUCGGCGACAGUCAGCUCAGCUGCUUCAACGAAAUCCGGUCCAAACGUAGGCGCUAUUGCGGGUGGAGUUAUUGGAGGAGUUCUAGCUGUCGCAGCCGUAACUUAUCUCGUAUGGAGGUUCUGCAUCAAGACCAAAAGGCAACAAUUCGAGCAAGACAAUUGGAUAGAGAACCAAGCGCAAGCCAAUGCAGAGAAGGAUUUCGCAAUGCGGAGGGAUGCAAGAGCUUCUACACACACUGUCGGAUCAAUUGCAUCUACCGUCCUCACACGGGCUUCCAACAUCAUUCAAAUCGCAUAUAUCCCUGGUGUUACGAAUAGAUCCGCCCCAUCAACGCCAGGUCUUCUUGUUCCUCCAGUUCCUCCGAUCCCAAUUGCUCUAUCAAACUCAUCUGGAACACCAAGAUAUGAGCAAGAACACUUUUUCAUGCCGGGAGAUCUUCGCGACUCGACAUACAGUGGAAUGACUGGAAUUGGUGAACGAAACUCUUACGCAAGAAACAGCGUUGCAUCUACUAUAUAUGGAAAACAAGCUAUCGUAUCGCCAGUUCCAGCUCAGACAGUUAUCCGAGGAAAGGCAGCAGUGGUCAGUGUCAACAAAGCGGGUGGAACCCCUCCUGGGACUAUCAUACCUCCUGUACCAAGUGUCGACUUCCAAAAAUAUUCCGAAAACCCACCUAGUCCAGCAUUUUCGGUAGGCAGCACAUUCUUGAAUGCUGCCAGUGCUGCAACGAUGUCCAAACCUCAAGUCAUUCGAGUGGAUUCUAGCUUACCGAAAGGAAACCCACCCCAGCCGGCAAGAUUUCCUGGAGCACCAUCACCACUCUUUUCACGAGACUCUAACGCCAUCACUUUAAUCGAAGACGGCACCCCCAUCACACCUCAAGGACCCUUUAGUGACCCCCCUGAAAUGAGGCGAAAAUCGAAUGCUAGUCUAUCAGCCAUGAUUCAAGAUGCAACAAGAAAGGCACACGGUGAUGUUUUCUCGGAUAAACAUGAAGUAAAGGAAUAA